AAGGCAAGCCCUUCUGCCAUAAUGAGCUCUGAACACGAAGAAAUUGAUGUUGCAAAAACUGUUGUUAAUGGACUGAGCAGCAAUGGACAACAAAAAGAAACGGAUCCCACUAAAGUCUGCAGCGGGAAAGGAGCCGUGACCCUCCGGGCAUCUCCAGCCUAUGAAGAGAAUCAGAAUGUCACUUCCCCAUGUCCCCAGGACGUUGAGCGACCUGAAAAUGAUUGGAGGUCAUCAUCUAACACUGAUGCCAAUGGGGAUGCCCAACCAUCUUCUCUGGCUGCCAAGGGUUAUAGGAGUGUGCGCCCAAACCUUUCCUCAGACAGCAAGCCACAGGAUGCCACUACCACCACCACAGCUCAGCCUGGGGUUAUAGUAGUCCCCCUUCUCCAGGUUAAACCAGACAGACAGCAAGAAGGCAGCUCCAGCACUCCACCGCCGCCUCUGGUUCCUUUUGGGCAAGGCUCCGUAUUCCCCGAGACUGUUUCUCCUGGCUCACCCUUGACUUUUCCAACUCUAGAUGAUUUCAUUCCCCCACAUCUCCAGAGGGGUUCCCACCAUAAUCAAGCACCCUCCGCAUCUGGCACAUUACCCUCUGUUUACCCGAAACUGCCAUUCUUCUCAUCACCACCUUCACUUGUCCCUCCAGUCACAGGGGCUUUGCACAGGGGUUUGAAGCCUGAAAUCACUGGAGUCAUCUCACGUACAGACCCAGGUCCUGUGCUAAAUGAAGUGCCCCAGACUGGUACGGACUAUCCAACCUCCUUCACUUCAAUCAACAAGUCUUCCUCUGCCUAUCCCUCUACCACAAUCGUAAAUCCCACUAUUGUCCUCUUGCAGCACAAUCGAG